AUGUUAAGUCAUUGUUUUUCUUCCUUGGUUUCAGUUCAACCGCAGACCCCGAGGAUCGAGUACAAUGCGACCCAGGUCCUGCCCGGACACAAUCUGACCGCCCUUCACGGAGAAGUCGGCGUUAUCAAGUGCAUUUCGCACUACGGAAAUCCACCUCCGGUUCUCAAAUGGUUUCUUGAUCAAAAUGAGAUCACUCCUACGAGGAGGCAGAGCAACAGCACCGAACUGGAUAACCCGAGAACCUGGCUUGCGACCUCCAUCCUCGAGUUAACCAUCUCCAAGGAGAAUCAUGGAAGAACCCUCAGAUGCGUCGCCGUUCACGAAUCUUAUCCGACCAAAUCCAGUGGAGUUGAAGUUCGUUUGGAUGUCAUGUUCGUUCCGGAGACGAGGUUGGUCGGCAUUCCGACGACGGACGUGGAGGAGCUGAAGGAUUCUGUGGCUAUUCGAUGCGUGGUGAGCGCGAACCCUAGGGCUGCUGUAGUGUGGAAACGCGAAGGACAGAACCAGCCGGCCAGUCUGCAGGAGCUCCUGCAGUUCAGCCCUGCUGUGAGACAGUACGCCGGACUCUACACCUGUCACGCAAGGAAUAAGGCUGGGGAAUCGCAACCCGUGAGGGUGCACGUCGACGUCAAGUAUCCUCCUAAGAUUUUGUCCGUCGGUCCGGAUAGGCUGACUACGGCUCUGCUCUUCUCUUCGGCGAGUUUUGAGUGCGUGGCUGAAGGCAAUCCCCAACCAACUUACCAAUGGCUUCAGAGACUUCCGACACCUUCGAACGUUAUCCUGGAGAGAGGACGAGAGGCGAAGCUGCACAUUCCCAACGUCACCUACGAUUACCAAGGAGAAUACGUCUGCAAGGUGACCAACAUCAUUGGCGGCACCGAACGCACCAUCCAGAGCGAGGCGAUCGCUCUUCAAGUCGUCGGAGCACCGCAAGUUCUGAGGCAUUCGACUACGCCGGAGGUUGUGGUUCAGAAGGGUCAGGACGCAGAAAUAAGUUUGGUGGUGUGCGCUGAUCCUCGUCCGAGGGUCGUCGCAUGGGAGUGGGGCUCUUUGAGGCUCGAGGCCGGCUCCGAAAUGGGACGUUACAGUGUCGACGAGGUGAUGCAGGAGGAGCGAGAGGAUUGUUAUCUUGCGACGUUGAAGAUCAGAGAAGCAGAGUCGACGGAUUCGAGGGCGUACUAUUUGGCUGUCGAGAAUGACAGAGGUACGGACAGACACGCCGUCAAAUUAUACGUGAACGAGCCUCUUCAGAUGAGCACUCUGGUGACAUUGGCCGGAUGUUCGGUGGCCGCUUUCGUGAUACUCCUCUGCAUCUUCAUUUACGCCGUCCGCUCGGAGAAAUGCUGUUUUGCACGGAAAGGUGAUUUCAAGCCGUCCGACUUGGAUAG